AUGUUACGUUCGUUUUCAUCUUCACUUCACAGAGUUUCUCUUUUCAUGGCAUCAGAAAAACCUCAACGUCUUCAACAAAUUGCAGGAACCAAUUUCCAGAACACAACAAAGAGGGCAAAAACCAUGGCCACUUCCACUGCAAAUGCAACAGACUCUGCUAUGAAGGAACCUUUUACCAAUUAUGUUGAAUAUAUUAAUAACCUUAAUGAUAAACGGGAAAGAGUGGUGAAAGCAAGUCGUGAUAUAACGAUGAAUAGCAAAAAGGUCAUAUUUCAAGUGCACAGGAUGAGUAAAUACAAUAAAGUGGAAGUACUUGAGAAAGCAGAAAAGGAUUUAGCAGCUGUGACAAACCAGUAUGUGUCUCGACUAGUCAAAGAACUGCAGGGAACUGAUUUUUGGAAGCUAAGACGAGCCUACUCACCUGGGAUACAGGAGUAUGUCGAAGCAGCUACAUUCUGCAGUUUCUGUAAAAACGGAACUCUUUUGAAGCUUGAUGAGAUUAAUGACACAUUGUUACCACUCAGUGAUCCUUCUCUUCAGCCUCUGCAGAUAAACAUCCUUGACUAUCUUUUAGGGCUUGCAGAUUUGACUGGAGAGCUCAUGCGGUUGGCCAUUGAUGAUAAUUCUGAUAUGAAAACAAAGAUGGAUGUCAUGCUUCAAAGUGUCAUGAAAAUAGAGAAUGCUUGCUUUAGUGUUCAUGUGAGGGGGUCAGAGUAUAUUCCACUUUUGGGAUCAAAUGAUUCAAGUUCAUUCUUAGUAGGAGUUCAAGAUAUUUAA